CAUGAAAAAUGCGAAAUGGUCGCUUUCUUAAGUUUCUGACUGGUUAUACGUAUUGUAGGAAAAUUAAAGAGGUUAUGACAGACAAAAAUAUAUUAAACGGAAUACAGCGUUUCUAAAAUAUAAUACAGACUGUGCGAGAGUGGGAGUGUAUGAGACUUUUUUAGAAAAUGAUCGAUGUUCAUAAAAAUUAACGGGACAUAAAAUUAUGUUCAGUAAUUGAGCGACAGUUUAUUACGGUUUACUAGUUUGUACAACAGAGGCUGGAAAGUCAUCUCCAGAGAAAUAAUGGAAAACCGUUACGCUUUAUUUCGUGUCGCAUUAGUGCUAAAUAUUCUUAUCCUAGUUAUUUCCUUCACGGGAGUGAUAAGCGCUCCAGCGAAGCCAGCGACUAUCACAGAAGUUAUGAAGAUUGAUAAAAAUCUAUGCGAUACAUCUAAAUUUUUAUACGAAUCAGAAUAUACAAAACUUUGUGCAUUAUUGCCAUAUCCUAACGCUUCUUUGAGCUUCACUGCUGAAAAUUUAAAUAUUUUUCUGUGUUUAGGAGUUUAUGAUACAGCAUACAAGAUUUGUCAAUAUUCUAGUCAAUUGCUCCCUCAAAUUCUACGCUUUAAUAGUACAGCAGUAUUAACUACAUAUGUAGAGAAAUUUGCUCCUUCUGCAAAUCAAACCCAGGAAAAGGAAUUUUGCGAUAGUUUACAAGGAUUUACAUCAUUAUACAAUAAAACAGAUUCAUUUUUGAACCUAUUGGUUGAAAGUCUUAAUAAAUCGCAUAAAUGUCAGAAAAUAUGUUUUGAUUUAGAAGAAAAGUUCAGACCAUUAUGUGCAGUAUUUGCUUGGAUUAAGAAAAUUGAUGACAUUAAGAAAGCAAAAAGAACAGAACCAAAACAUGUGACAAUUGAACCACUUACAACUCCAUUAAAUGAAGCAAGUAAUAAUAAAAACAGCUUAGAAGUUGCAGUUAAGAAGAUAUUUGAAAACAAUAAAAAGAACACAAAUAAAAUUAUAAAUUCUAAGAAUGAUAACAAAGUUGAAGAAAUUAAUUUAAAUGUGUCUGGAAUUGUACCAAUUGUAGAAUCUGAUGUGGAGAAAGUAAAACCUGAUACUGAAAAGUCAAGCAAGGCUGAAAAGAAAUCAAAUAAUGCAUCGAUAGGCACACAACCUUAUGAAGUAUUAGUAUCUGUACCGUUUGAAGAAAAUGAAAAGAAUACUAUUGAAACUGAUACUAAUAAAAUUGCAAAUCCUAUAAACAAUCCUGCAAAUGAUGAUUUACAAGUUCCGUCAAUAAACAAUCCUGCAGAUGAUGUGCCAAAGAAAGAUCUAAAUGAAGAAAAAGGAGAGGAAGUUAACAAGGAGCAAAAUACUGAUGAUCUAAAAACUAGUACACUAUCUGAAAAUACACAAGACCAUUAUGAUGUCGGAAAUCCAGAAGAAGAUAUUGAACCUAAUGUAGCAGACAGCAAUAAUGAUGAAGAUGACCCAGUUCAACAAUCGACAAGGAAUCAAAAUGAAAAUGCACAGGAAGUCUUUGAACAGAAGAAUAUGCAGUAUUCUAAUAUAAGAACAGAGGAUGAUUCUCAUUUCUUUACUUAUUUUACUGUGAUCACAGUGGCAUGUAUUGCUGGAUAUAUAGGUUAUCAUAACAAGCAGAAGAUACUUGCUAUUGUAUUAGAGGGUCGAAGAUCCAGAAAUAAUCGUGGUAGACGGCGACCAAGCACAGCUAACUAUCGAAAAUUGGAUUGUACGCUUGAAGAAGCCGUUACAUCGCAAUGUAACGCUAAUGUUACUCAUGUCAUAUAUUAAUGAGAGUCAAAUGUCACGAAUUUUAUAAUAUCUAUAUUAUAGUAUUGCAAGUGUAUAAUAUAUAUUUUGUAUUUAAGCGCAUACGUUCUUAGCAUAUCAUUUAAUUUUCUAAAGGUUAUUUAAUAUUUUAGCACAUCACAUCGAUCCGUUACAAUAGCAAAAUUUGUGUACAAUAUAAUACGUGAUGAUAUAACGUUCGAUAAUAUGGUAUUAGAAAGCAUAUGUAAUUAUCUACAUAUAUUUUCGAUUUAAAUUUCAAGUCAAAUGCACCAUUUAAGUUUUAAAAUAUGAUUUAUUAAUAAUAUAUUGUUGAGAAAUUUGUAAAAUUUUUUUCUUUAUUGUUUAAAUAUUCUAAAUUUAUCAA